UACCAGCUGACAGCGAGAGUCUACUAUUAUAACCGCAACUUAUAACUCGGCGACUGCGCGGGCGCGAGGCGAGAGUGCGGACGCAAAAAUCCUGUGUACACGACCAAGCCACACCACGGACGUAUAUAUACCUAUAUACAUCUCUCUCUCUCUCUCUCUCUCUCUCUCUGCGAGGACUGCACAGAGCACAUACCGAUGCACACAGUUUUCCCUUCCCGCGAGUAUAUACACACAGAUCAUAUCGUCCGGACACGCGAAUAACCCGUCCGCGAGGAAGAAGACGACUGGAAGCGAUGAGACUGGAGUUGGGCUGAGACAGAAGAACAGUUGGAUUUAUCUGAAUUUUCCAAGAGUUAAAAGGUGGAAUAGAAACGGAAAGGAUGAAUCUUAGCUCGGGAAAUCCUAACGGCAACGGCCUCCUCUAUGCCGGCUUCAAUCAGGAUCAGGGAUGUUUUGCUUGCGGAAUGGAAAAUGGCUACAGAGUUUACAAUUGUGACCCACUUAAGGAGAAGGAACGGCAUGAUUUUGCAGAAGGUGGCUUAGGCUACGUGGAGAUGCUGUUUAGAUGUAACUACUUAGCAUUGGUUGGCGGCGGAAAGAAUCCAAUGUACCCUACAAAUAGAGUCGUUAUAUGGGACGAUAUUAAAAAAUCUCCAGCUAUUACACUGGAAUUUAAUGCACCAGUAAAAGGAGUGAAAUUAAGAAGAGAUCGAAUAGUUAUAGUCUUAGAAGGAGUAAUCAAAGUUUACACAUUCACACAAAAUCCACAACAAUUACAUGUCUUCGAAACAAAUCCAAAUCCAAGAGGCCUUUGCGUCCUCUGUCCAAACAGUAAUAAUUCUUUGCUAGCUUUUCCUGGAAGAAAAAAUGGGCAUGUGCAAGUUAUAGAUUUAGCCAACACAGAGAAGCAACCGUUGAAUAUAGAGGCGCAUGAAACACCUUUAUCUUGUAUAGCAUUAAAUUUGCAAGGGACAAGAUUAGCUACAGCUUCUGAAAAGGGCACGUUGAUAAGGGUGUUUGAUUCGCAAAGCGGUGCCAUGAUUAACGAACUACGACGCGGUACACACCACGCGAAUAUUUAUUGUAUAAAUUUCAAUCAUGACUCGACAUGGCUGUGUGUCGCAAGUGAUCACGGAACCGUUCACGUAUUCGCAGUUGAGGAUCAAAAACUGAAUCGUCAGUCUAGUUUAGCCUCAGCGACGUUUCUGCCAAAGUACUUCAGUUCAAGCUGGAGUUUCUGCAAAUUUCAGGUCCCAGAUGGCCCCCAGUGUAUGUGCGCGUUUGGCACAGAUAAUAACAGUAUCAUAGUGGUAUGCGCUGAUGGUAGUUACUACAAGUUCGUAUUUAACAACAAGGGUGAGUGUACAAGAGACGUCUAUGAACAGUUCCUGGAGAUGAGUGAAAUGUGACUUUCGCCAGAAACUUCAAAAAAGAGAAAAGACUCUUGUUGGCGUGCAAAUCUGUGAUCGUUGCGUGCUUUGUCAUAUCCGUUCCGUGGCCGAUCAUUGACGCUAAACGUAUCUUAGGAAAAGCGCAUAUUGCAUAUGUUAUGAGAAUCAUUUCAGUGGUACCUGGUAAGCGCAGAUAAGAAUAAGAAAACGAAGGCAACAAAAAAAAGUUGAUAUUAUGCGUUUUAUUGCUGUCAGCCUUUAAAAAUGGCUUAACGAACACGUUUAAGAGCGAUCAAAUGACGAGUCGAGUGAAGCUUGGCACCCGCAAAAAAGUCUUGCAAAAAAUUGAGAUGUUACAAAUGAUUAUAUAUGACAGAUUAAUGAUGUUUGUUAAACUCUGCGAUAUCGAGUUUAUGUCAAAAUUUUUAACGGGGUUUUAUCGAUCAAUAUGAGGGUAUACGAAUUAAAGUUAACGUCAACUCUAGUCUUUUGGGUGUAGUUAAAGUGAAAGUAGAGAAAGAUUAUAGGGGAUGUAUCAAAAUAAUCACAAAGUAAACAAAUUUGUUGACUUAUUCCCAAAAAUAUUGACUUUGAGAAUUUGUAAUUACGUGAAUACUACUCUCAACUUAACUGGCUAUACUUUCCAGCUUUGUAAUUAAUUUGAUAAAACAAUUUUUAGAUUUUACAUAUUACAUAAACAAGUAUAGUUUUGUCUCGAUUAUUGCGUGAACCAUUAAAAGUUUAAAAAUUCUAGUCUACAUCUAUGAUUGUUAUAAAAUGCAUUUUGUUGAUAAUAUAUUUUGUUUGUACUGAAUUACAUUUAUUCGUAUAAUAAUAAAAAUUAGACAAGACUGUUGACGUUAAUUUUAUGAGAAAAGUUAACAACAAUACGAUUCAAAAUACAGUACUUGCCUACAUUAUGAUGAAAGCUGGAAUGGGCGACAUCAAUGUUGCAAAUUUCAUUUGUGAUAAGAAAUGGGCUUUUAAGUUACAGCCUAUAUUCGGAACUUCACAUUUGUCAAUCAUUUACAAUUAUGUUCUUAACGUUAGUUAAUUUAAGUUGUAUAUAAUUUCAUUCUAUUAGUGCAUAUAUUGCAUAUAUUAAAAUUUUUUGAUGGACGGCAAAAAUUUGAAUUUGAUUUUUUCUUGGAAUAAUUUUAUAGUUAUUAUAUUAGAUUAAUUCCUAUAAACAAGAUUGUUGUAAAGCAAUUAAUUGUUUAAUAUUCUUUGUCAUAUAAUAUUGCUAUCUACUUAUUUCGCCGACUUUCUUUUACGCGACAGUAUAAAAUAAUUUUUAUUAUAUUUAUUAUAAAUCUACUCUGGACUGUUCAACGAUGAAUUCAAAUUCUGUAAUGAUUUUUAUAAAAAUACGAAUAAAUAUUAAAUAAAAAAA